AUGCCAGCACAAAAUAUCGAUGAUAUCGACUACUCAGACAUUGAAGCAAAAUACCAAGUUCACUUUGAUGAUAGCUUGGACAAUACCGUCGUCGUCGAUGGUCUCCCCGUAAUCGACCCCUCAAAACAGACGAAGCUUUUGUCAAAAGUCGUCAAGGAAUUUUCCAAGCGCGGAGUUGCAGUCAAGGCCGAUGAUAUCUUUUUGCCUUGGGACCAGGCGUCAGGAAAAAGCAAGGGCUACGCUUUUAUCGAAUUCCGAAAUAUCGACGAUGCUAACCACGCCAUCGCUGUACUGGAUCGCCACCCAUUCGAUGCCAACCAUACCUUCCGAGUGAACAAAUUUACUGACAUCGAAACACUGGCCAACUUUGAUGAGCGGUAUGAAGAACCCGAAGACGAGGAGUAUGCCCCUAGGGAGCACUUGCGUUCAUGGCUCGCCGAUCCCCAAGGACGUGAUCAAUAUGUAACUUACCGCGGAGAUGAAGUCGCUAUCCACUGGCACGGGAAGCCUUCACAAUGCGAAGUUGCCUACAAGCCGGAGUGGAAAGAUUUCCUUUAUGUCGCCUGGUCUCCCCUUGGCACCUACAUUGCAACGCUUCAUCGACAAGGUGUUCGCUUGUGGGGAGGCGCGUCUUGGAAACCCAUCCAGCGAUUUGCACACCCUAUGGUAAAACUCAUUGAUUUCUCGCCAUGCGAAAACUACCUUGUCACCUGGUCGAAUGAACCCAUCGUCGUUCCCGAGGGAGCUGUUCAAGGACCUCAAUAUUUCUCUCCCGACGACGAGGGUAACAAUCUCGCUGUCUGGGAUAUCAAAUCCGGCGAUUUGCUUCGAACUUUCUCCACUUUGAAUGACGGAGAGGCAGCUCCCAAGAAGCAGAUGCAAUGGCCCACCCUCAAAUGGAGUCCCGACGAUAAGUUUGUUGGUCGUGUAACGCCGGGCCAGAUGAUUAGCGUCUACGAAUUGCCCAGCAUGGGUCUUCACGGAAAGAAGAGCAUCAAGAUCGAUGGCGUCGUCGACUUUGAAUGGUGUCCUCAGGGUGAUAAGGACAGGGAUGACGCAGAAAAAGACGCUAAGGCCGCCAAAUCUGGAAGCAAGGCCGCGAAGAAGGCUCGCGAAAACAUGCUCGUUUACUGGACGCCCGAAGUCGCCAACCAGCCUGCUCGUGUGACGCUCAUCAACUUCCCCACUCGUGCCAUCCUUCGACAGAAGAACUUGUUCAAUGUUACUGAGUGCAAACUUUAUUGGCAAAAUCAAGGUGACUUCCUCUGCGUCAAGGUAGACAGACAUACGAAGACCAAGAAAUCCAUCUUCUGCAACCUCGAAAUCUUCCGUCUGCGCGAGAAGGACUACCCCGUCGAGGUUGUCGAGCUCAAGGACACCGUCCUUGAUUUCUCUUGGGAGCCUAAGGGAGAGCGAUUCGCUAUCGUUUCUAGCUCUGAUCCCAACCUCGGAAAUCCGGGUCCUGGUAUUACCAUCAAGACAGAUGUCAGUUUCUACCAGCUAGACAGGGCAAAGAACGACUUCAGGUUACUUCGCACCCUCCCCAACCGAACGAGCAAUGCCAUUCGAUGGUCACCUCGUGGACGGCACGUCGUAUUGGCCACUGUUGGCUCCUCCACGAAGUCUGAACUCGAAUUCUGGGAUCUGGACUUCACCUUGGACGACACGAAAAAGGACUCUGAAUGGGGCAGCAACAUCCAACUCCUUGGUUCAGCCGACCACUAUGGCGUCACUGAUGUGGAAUGGGAUCCCAGCGGUCGCUAUCUUGCUACCAGUGCCAGCGCAUGGACACAUACUCUCGAGAACGGCUUCGCUAUUUGGGAUUUCAGGGGCCAAGAGCUCACGAAGCAAAUUCAAGAUCGCUUCAAGCAGUUCAUCUGGCGUCCUCGACCACCGACCCUCAUCAGCAAGGAGAAACAGAAGCAAAUUCGUCGCAAUCUCAAGGAAUACAGUCGUGCCUUCGACGAAGAAGAUGCUGCAGAGGAGAGCAAUGUCAGUGCAGAGCUCAUUGCCCUUCGCAAGCGCCUCGUCGACGAAUGGAAUGCUUGGCGUACCUUGCGCAAAAAGGAGCUUGGAGAGGAGAAGGCCAAGAAGGAGACUAAGAAGAGCGAGGUCAAGGAGGAGAUUGAGGUUUGGAUCGACGAGGUCAUCGAGCAGACCGAAGAAGUUGUCGAGUAACUUGCUUCAUUAUUUAGUUCAUACUGUAUCGCGAGCUCCUUGCAUAUUCCCGUUUAAUGCACUGAUUCGCCCUUG